GUGUCUCGUGCACCAUACCUUACCUGUUCCUCCUCCUCCUCCGGCGCGAUUGCCCGCCCGCUAUGCCUUUGCCUUUGCCUUGACGAGCAAUUGCUCCUUUAUUUCUUAAUUGCUUCAUUGCUCUGCUUUGCGUCCCCUUCCUCUUCCUCCCUUCCUCUCUGGCUCUUCUUCACUUCUAUUUGCUCUCCUCAUCUUCCUUCUCCUUCUCUUUCUAUUUUGUGUUCUUUUUCUGCUGUUUUCUUGCGAUGAAUCUCGUGUAUCGCCUCGCGCGUCCUUUCCCUUCCUCCUCUUCUUAGCCCCUCUCCUCUGCCUCUCCUCUGGGUGAAUUUUCUGCACUGAUCUGUUGGAUGGAUACCCCUCCUCACACGCGCACCCCCACCGACAUGCUGCUUUCGUACCAACGACCCCACUCGCAACCUCUGCAAGAUGAAGUCCCCACCUGUUCUAUGUGUAUGGAAGUCCUCGGCACCUAUGGUGGUCCUGCUUCCCUCCCCUGCGGCCACAACGGCUGCCUCGCCUGCCUCCAACAGGUGCAGAUGCACUCCGCUAUGCCCCUCUGCCCUCUUUGUCGAACGCCCUUCGAGGCUGACGUCAAUUUAUGUCUAAAUUUAGACUUGAGAGAUGCCAUUGAUCGGAUGCAAGCAGCCGCUGUUGCAUCGCCUUCGCAAUUCAAGGCUGCUGAAUCGGAGCGUCUUGCGGUGUCCUACAACCACCCUCACGACGGUCAAACAUGGGAUGCAAAUUAUCAGGGGGACCCGCCAUGGCAAGAGGAAACAGGACCAUGGAUUCCUGUUUCAUCUGCCAAGGAGCGAGUGCAUGCCUCCGCCGGUAGCACCAACAACUUUGAACAAGGUUACUGUAGUAGUGAAUACGAGGAAAGGUGGGCUGGGCCCAAUACUACCCCCAAUGUAAACGUUUGGAACGUCUUGAGGGGGGCUCUGUCCAUGGUCGCCGGAAUUGGUGGCUGGGUACGUGGUGAGGAUGAUAAUUCCUCCGAUUGGCCUUACGAGGGUCAAAAUCAUUCUGGCAUGAACAUAGGACUUGAGAGAUCAGAUUCUGGCAAUUCCUGGAGGAAUCAAGGUCAUGUACCUAGUGCCCCACCUCUUCUUCAUGGGUCUAAUGGAGAUGACGUUCGUUCAUUGAGAGCUCUUCUGGAAGCGGAGCCGCCGCAGUGGAUGCCGGACAGCUCUUCGUAUGCGUGCAUGCAAUGUGGUGCCAACUUCCGUCCAGUUACCGUGGGCCGUCAUCAUUGCCGAUUUUGCGGGGGCUUGUUCUGCAGGCGUUGCUCUUCCGGAAGGUCUUUGUUGCCAGUCAAGUUCCGGGAGCGAGAUCCACAGAGAACGUGUGACACAUGUUUCGAGAGGCUCGAACCAAUUCAACGAACCCUAGCUGAUCGAGUUAGCAAUGCUGCUCAGGUGGCGACUCAUGAUGUGACUGACUCGACCUGUAUGAGAGGGUGGCUUAAUAGCCCUGUCGGUUUAUCAAUGGAGCAGGAGAUUUACAAGGCAACAAACACUGUGCGGGCCUACUACAAGAUCGGCAAAUUGAAACCAGAGAGGUCAAUACCAGAUGCAGUCUUAAAGGGAGCAAGAGGCCUAGCUAUUCUAACUGUCUUGAAAGCUGGAAUGAUGGUUACGUACAAGCUUGGCACUGGGCUGAUAAUUGCUCGAAAGCCGGAUGGCUCCUGGUCUGCACCGUCGGCGAUGGCCUCGUGCGGACUGGGAUGGGGUCCUCAGGCUGGAGGGGAGCUCACCGACUUUAUUAUUGUACUCCGAACAAUGAAAGACGUGAAAACUUUCUGCAGUCGAGUCCAUUUUUCUAUGGGUGCUGGUGUUAGUGCGGCUGCCGGGCCUGUUGGUAGGGUUGCCGAGGCAGAUAUUCGUGCAGGGGAUCGAGGUGCAGCUACUUGCUAUACAUACAGCUGCAGUAAAGGUGCAUUCGUUGGUAUCUCACUAGAGUAUAAUUUGGUGGCAACUCGCACUGCGACCAAUGCAAAUUUUUAUGGCGAUCCUUAUCUUACAGCAUCAGAUAUUUUGUUAGGCUCAGUUUCAAGGCCUAGGGCAGCUGGACCUCUGUACAGCGCACUACAUGAUUUAUUUGGGAAAGUGGAAUCUCUUGGCGAGUAGGGGCUUCCCGAGCAUCAAUGUACAGGCUUGGUGGAGAUGAUGCUCCCAUUAUGUUUAUAUAGCAUUCAGAUGUUUGUAUAUAGCUUUCAAUUGAAAACUUCUGGUACGUUCGUGAAAUAGCAUGAAGCAUGUCGGUACUGUCUUCCACCUUAUGGGAGCCUUUUACGGUAGUUCAGGCUUUCAAGAUAUAUGCAGCAGCCUAAUGAAGAUAGUUUGAUCAGAAUAACAUCAAGCAAUUGGAAUUUGUGAGAGUUGGAAGUUGUAACCCAGUAUCUCUUAUUUAGCAGCAUUUGUUUUUUUACAGGAUAAUUCUAGGGUUUGCUUAGGUGUUGACCCAUCUGGUUUGUGUCUAAGAUAUUGAUUCCUAGUACAAUUUGUUAUGUGCUACUAAGCGAAACCUCAUUCAGGGGGUUAGACAUGAAUCCGGUGCUUUCAUUUUCUA